AUCUAUCAACUGGAACAUGGACUCUGCGACAACACAGACACUCCCUGGCCUUCGUCCUCCUCACACUCUCCUAAUGUUUAACCAGACCUCAGACAAUGCCAGUGCCUCAACACUAAAUAACAGUAGUAGAGACGGAAUCAGUAAAGGUGGCAGCGCCAAAGAGAAGCGCUUCCCGUGUUCGUUCUGUGGGAAAGCCUUCAGUUUCCCUAAACAGGUGGAGAUCCACCAGAGGAUGCACACUGGGGAGAAACCGUUCAGCUGCCACCUGUGCCGGGCCAGUUUCUCCGACUCGUCCAACCUGAAGAGGCACCAGAGGGUCCACACAGGGGAGAAACCCCACAGCUGCCCCCAGUGUGAGAAGAGGUUCUCCCGCCAGGACCAGCUGAAGAUGCACCUGAAGGUCCACACGGGAGAGAGGCCAUUCGCCUGUACGCACUGCGGGAAGAGGUUCUUAGAGAGGAGCUACCUCAGGAUACACCAGAAGAAAAUGCACACGGCCUAUGUAUAUGGAACCUCAACCCAGCAUGUUAUCGUGAUAGAGUCUGCAGAUGCAGAGGCUGCAGGUCCUGGGGUCAAGCAGGAGAGGUCUGAAGGAGAGGAGGACCCACGGAACAGCAGAGACAUUCAUUCUGGAGCGGAUGGAGCGCACCUUGAAGCCACGGAGGACCCCACCCCCGCCUCAGCGCAACCCAGGACCCGACGCAGCAUCACGGAGGUCAGUGGAACACCGAAUGCCGUCCUCAAGUCAGAGACAGACACCAAGACUUUAACUGUAACACACAGGCUCUUACACACAGGAUCUGACCACAGAUCAGACCCAGAGAGACUGGGGCUAGGGAGUCUGGGCUGUCCUCGUGCUCCUGGCUCAGAGUAUUUACCCGUAUUUCACCAGAGCCAGAGGACGGUUCAUUCCUGUGGUGAUGGUGACGCGUUACACACUGCCGGUGAUGAUCCGUCUUGUUCUUAUGCUACAGAGAUGGACCCUGGCAACAUGUCAUUGGGUUUAGAGACACAGACUGAUCUGUCUAGAGGGGACUGGAACCGGCACAGUAGUAGUGUAUACUCUGAAGGGUGCCCAGAAAAGAAAGAGGUUAUAUUGGCAGAUGAGGUGACUGUAAAAAUGGAAGGUGACGCUCCUCCCUCAUGGAAUGCAGAUAGUCACCUUGGAGACGCACACUCACAGGGCAGAGAUUUCUUAGGUUACAGGGAAAGCUUGGAGACAAAUCCAAAUGUCGCCACCCACUCCCCUUUACACGCGUUCAAGGAUUGCGACCCAGUGUCCACGUUGAUGGCACCUUCCGAUUCACACGGCCGUGUCCUUUUCGAUCAGGUAUUGAACCCAAACGACAAUGCUAGAGCCCAGGCUCAGGGAGGGGGAGCCACAUCAGCCAAUAGUAAAGAGAAACGGUUCCUCUGCAUGUUCUGUAACAAAGGCUUCAGCAGCUCCCAGAAGGUGGAGAGGCACCAGAGGGUCCACACAGGAGAGAAACCCUACAGCUGUAACCAGUGUGAGAAGAGGUUCUCUCGCCAGGAUACCCUGAAGAGGCACCAGAGGAUCCACACGGGGGAGAAACCUUACAGCUGUUCACUGUGUCACAUGCGCUUCGCACAGACUGGUCAACUGAAGAUGCACUGGAAGGUCCACACGGGAGAAAGGCCGUUUGCCUGUACACACUGCGGGAAGAGGUUCUCAGAGAGGAGCUACCUCAGGAUACACCAGCAGAAAAAACAUUCCACUCUAUAACAUAGAAAGUACCUGUUCCACUCGAUAGCUUCUGACGUUUAUAUCAAACCCUGCAUAAAAAAUAAAUUGUUGUCAGCAGAAAAGAUCCACAGAUGCAUUUGGAAUAACAAAAGUUACAGACUUCAAUGUUGAAUAUUCCUGGGUAGAAUAUUGCAUCCAGACAUUGUGUGAUAUGUAAGGCAUAUAUAAGCCUGAAAAGUAUUUUACAUAUUGUGUUUGUACUGUAAUGUUUACAAAUGCCUAUGUCAUUACUUCCAUUCAACUAUUUUAAAAAAUCCCAAGACACUUUUUUAAUGAAAGUGAAUGUAGUUCAUCAAGUUCAUGCAGAGUUUUAGUUUAGACGUGUAUGUGUGGUUUUCAUAUGGUGUAUUUAAAAUGUGUUUAUGUUCAAUAAACACAAAAUGGGACUUUU